AUGUUCGCCAGAAGUGCUGCGGCUUCAAUGCGGCAGGUGCUACGCACCCAGCCUCCUCGUCGAUUUGGCUCUUCCCACGCCCACGCCGAGCCUGUGAACGAAAGCUUCGGUCGCAGCUUCUACGUCACCAUCGGCAGCAUCGCCUCCGCUUACGUCCUUUACCGCAUCUCCAAGUCUACCGAGGAGUCCGGCUCAGAGUCGUGGAUCUCUGGUCUCAUUACCAAGUGGAGCCCCUCGCAAGAAGUUUUUGAGCAGCGCAAUGCCAUUCAUACUGCCCUCCUGGACAAGGCUGCCGAUGACCGCCAGUUGUUCGGCAGUCAGGGACCUGCACAGGCCUAUGAGCUGAAGUCGCCCGACUUGAUGAACUCUGGCUCACCUUACAACGUCUCCCCAGGCUCCCAGGCCGACCUGAGCGCCGUGGUUGCUCACUACGAGCGUCUUAACAAGGAGAUUGAUGCCUCUCGGGUUGCGCGGAUGCAGGGAGGCAAGUCCGUUUACGAAUAA